UUACUGCUCGCGAUGCGACUAAUCGCGGCACAAAAGGAGUUGUUUGGAUAAAUCCCAAGUGCUUUAACUUUAAAUUUUACCGGCGUGUGCUUUUCGGAUGUUUUCUGGUAAAUCCGAAUAUCCGGAACCACGGGUCGCUACGUCGCUACUGGGUCACGUGACUAGUCUUGGUGAUGGCCACCUCCAUCGACAUUCGACAGCCCUGCUUGACAUCUCACCGUUCAGCAGCAAAAUAACGAGUUGAACUCCGUGGAAUAAUUAAUUGACAACAUAAAAGCACGUGUUUCUUGAACUCAUAUCGCGGUCCCGGGGAACUGUCUGUUGGGCCGUGAUUGUGAAAUGUUAACCAAGUAUCGAGCACUGUAGUGUUGUGGAUAUCCCCCCUUCUGGAUUUGAAAGUGUUGCAUGCUACAGCGGUGCCCAACAAUUUCAUGGACGCUCUCUACCUUUCUGCCCAUUCAAGUGCAGCUUCUGUGUUGAUUUAAUGACUGGCACGAUGAAAUGGCUCUUGGACUGAGUGGUUUCCCAAGCAAGCAAGUUUCAAGUGCCGCUUCUGUCCCUAUGCGACCAUUUCCAACACCAACCUGGUGAAGCAUGUGAGGACACACACAGGAGAAAAACCCUUCAAAUGCCGUUUCUGUGAUUAUGCCUCCACAGAGAAGGGAAACACGAUGAAGCAUGAACGCAGACACACGGGUGACAUGCCUUUCAAGUGCAGAUUCUGCAACUAUGGCUCGGCUGCACGUACAGCCAUGGCUGCUCAUGAAAGGGUUCAUACUGGGGAGAGGCCCUACAAGUGUCGCUUUUGUCAUUACAGUGCAGCGCAAGUGAACACGCUCAGGAAUCAUGAAAGGACUCACACUGGAUCCUAUAAGUGACGUGCAAAUUUUGCAAUCUAUACACGCCCCCAUUUCAUACAGAGAAUGAACAAGUGUUCCCUUGGACAAGUUUGAAUAAAUUUGUUUCGUGCCCACUCUGACAAAUGACCGUUAUGAUAUGGUUCGAGCGUGAUAGCUACAAUACAAAUUUCUCUUGUGGUUUCACUAUAUUGUACAACUGUACAAAUGUAUUUUCCUCAUACAAAAGCUGGAUGGUCGUCGUACAUAUGUAGUGACAGAGCAGUUGCGUGGGUUCUAAUGACAUUUGACAAAGAGGUUUUGUACGGGCUACACGUAUAGAGGAGUGAAGCUUUUUAUUGAAUAACAAAACAACUUGUCUUUGCAAAAGAUGCAAACAUGUAAGGUCAACUAGAAUAAAAAUGUACGUGUACAUCCUUAGGAAAUGAGGUUCUGUUGUGUAAAUGGCGUGCACAUUUCCUACUUGUGGCGAAAAAUACAUGUAGUUGGCAUCAAUUGUUUCUCGCGCGAAUAUUGUACUACAUUGUAAAACAGAAACUACGAAGCAGGGUAUUUUAAGUGUCUUCUAAUUGUAUGCCACUUCAUUUCAGUCUUGAGCAGCAAGUCACGUACAAGUAAAGCUGUCAAGUAUUUGAGUAAUUAAUUGCCUAUCUAAAUAUUUUGAGCAGUGGGUAACUGUAGGUGUAACUUAAUUCUAUUUUGUCUUUUACUCUAGGGUAUUUCCGUUUAAAAUUUCUAUGUGCAGCACUAUCUCACUUGAAAGGCUGCGUUCCAUUUUUCUUGUCUGUUCCGCGGAAAAAAACAAAAAUUUAAAAUGUAACAUACUCAAACAAGAAUUGAGUUUUGUGAGAGGCAAGCUUCAUCACCAUGUUGGUCCAUAUCUCUCUGUCCUUGAUGUGUCCAUUGGUCUACUCCCAAGCACCCCAGGAGGGGGAGUCAUAACAGCUGAACAUGUGUCUAAAGCUGAAAUAGCGAGCUGUGAAUGGUUAAAAAGGUUAAGAGCCCACACGAUGCAUUUCAUGAGCAAUUGGAUUACAUUUUCAUUUCACUCUAACCUAAUUACUUCCAAAGCCAGUGUAACUUAUAGUAGCCAGUUCCUGGCAAAGUAACUCGUUCACUUGCGCUCACUUGCACUCACUUGCAAUACGUACGUACUUGAGCUGAUGCCAGCAAGAACGGUUGUCUGUAUCCAGUGAUAGCGAUUGAACAGCAGGUGUUUACGCAGCUUUUAUAAACGGAACAGCAGAACGUUGGCUCAGGUGCAAUGAAGCACACAGUCUCACUACUGCUGCUGCUGUUGGUGUUCAUCUGUGAUGGGUCCCGAGUGGUCCAUCGAUGUUUUCUUGCAAGGAAACUACGCCAAGCCGGGUUUGAUCGCUUCAACAUUCUUCAGUUUCUGUGCAUCGCUAAAAUGGUGAGCAAUUUUAACAUGACCCUUUCGGUGAAAAGAGAACGUGGACAGAGGACGGUGGGAAUUUUUCAGCUCGCCAGUUCGUACUCCUGCUAUGAGAGAUAUGUGCCAGGUAUGCGAAACGGUCGUUGUCACAAACUCUGCAGUGCUUUUUUGGAUGAGAACUUGGAAGACGACAUUGCGUGUGCUUCAGGAAUCCGUUACAAAUGGGGAUUCAAGCACUGGACUGGCUGGGAGCGGACGUGUCUCUAUGCCAAAGUGUCUCCCUUGCUGGAUGGCUGCGACUACAAAAACUAGCAUCCACUCUCACUUUCUCGUCUCAAAAAUUCCUUUCAUGGAGACACAAGCUUUCCAUAAACCAACAAAAUGGUCGGGAUAAAUCCCAGAGGUAACUUGACGAAAGCUUCACGCAGGAACUUCCAAAGGCUUUCUUUGUCUCUAAAUGGAACAUUCUGCUGCAGAUGGUUGGCACUCAUUUCGUCGUCGUUUCAGGAAACAGUGUGUUGAACUGUAUAUAGUCAGGAACAAAAGUAGACCACAACAUAAAUGCAAUAUUUUUU